AUGUCUUUACUAAAAUUAAAAAAACCAUUUACAAAGCCAUUCUGGAAACUUUCUUCUCACAGAAUACCUGCUUUAUCUCUUUACAAAACUCUAAUUAAAACCACAAAAUUAUUUCCCAAAACAAUUCAUCAAAAAUAUUUAUUUUAUGCUAUUCCACUUGACGGCGACAAACAAGCUUAUCAACAUAUUGAUGAUUUGGCAUGGGGUAGAAAAGGCAGGCUCAGAGAAGUUUUGGACCUUUUGGAAAGAUGGAAUGGGAAAAGAGUCCAUAAGCUUGUUUAUGAUACUCGGACACUUCAAUCACGAACUGCUGAUCCUCACUCUGCCUAUAAGAUCCCACUUGCUCCUACUUUGUAUACACCUCCAAAAUAUCGUAUCAUAAAGAAAAUCAAAUGGCCAAAAAAGAAAAGACCUUAUCGUAAAGUAAUUAGGUAUACAAUUACCACCCAACUAGGCUAUAAACUUUGGAGAGUUAGAGGUUGGAAACAACCUACUUGGAUUUCUAUGAUGAUGAAUAAGCGUAUCAUAAAACAUCAAAAGCACGUUGACAAAUAUCAGGAAUUAUUAGAAUUGCUUGACAUAGCUAGACAUGAACAAAGAUUUAUGAGGUCCUUAGAUCCUAAUUUGGAAGAAGAGGCUAAAGGUUUUGAUGAAUUAGUACUACAAGAAAUGAAGAUUCAUAAAAGAUAUUAUGAUAAUAUGAUGAAAAUAAGGGAAAAAACAGGAUUUGAUGAUUAA